AGAGUAGGCUGAAACGACUUCGUUUGAUAUGGCUGGUGCUAAAAACGGUUCGUCUUUGGGAGCCAUGGCGCGGAAGACUUUCGAUUCCGGCCCGGUUGAGAAUGGCGGAAAAGUCAACAUGGUGGCUGAAAAUCAACAAGUUCAGAGUCACUUCGUGACGAGAGUCUCGUCUCUGCCCACGGUAGAGGCCGCUCUCGAGAUCGCGAUGAGCUCCUACAACAAGCUGAAGAACGCUUCGCCGGCGUCGAUUAAGGCAGUGAUGGAAGCCGGGGAGAAGACAACCAAUAUGGCGCUGUCCACUUCGCAACCCAUCCUCAAUAAGCUGCAAGGUCCGAUCCAAUUUGUGGACACCUACGCCUGCCAGGGUCUCGACCGCGUCGAGCAGACCGUUCCCGCAGUCAAGGAAACCCCGGACAAAAUCUACGCUGACGUGAAGCAGUACGGAGCUGAGAAAGUCAACGCUGUCGUCGGAUACGGCAAUCAGAAGCUCCAACAGAUCGGACUAGGGGCCAUGGCUCCCGGGAAGCUCGCGGGCUACGCUUCUACCGCACUGACGGUUGCCGAAGGUGCUCUCGACUCUCAUCUCGCUUCGGCUGGAGCCCAAGUCCCGGUUAUGGAGAAUGCCGACGGUGACAUUCGAACUAGGGUCGGGCACGUGACGACGAAAGCUCGACUCUGCGUUUCCCAUCACGCCAGCGCUCGUUUUGCGGUUGCCAUGAAUUACGCCUCCGACGGAGUGGGUCGAGUUCUUGAAGCGUUGCAGGUGAUCAGGGCUUUGAAGAGCAACGUUCAAGAAGGAAAAUCUGUUCAGGAAAUCGCACAGGAGCUCAAGUUCGAGUGGCUUUCGAAACUCCUCGAAGAAGCCAAAGAUAAGCCCGCGACCCAACAAGCUCUCUUCGUUGCUCAGGCAGCCGCUCGUGAAGCCCAGGACGCCCUGAACAAGGCCUCGAACGAUAUGAAGUCGAAGGUGAACGACGCUUUCACCGCCGUGCUCAGCCGUGCCGGAGAACUCAAUACUACGCUACAUAGUGUUUCGGUGAGCCAGCUGAGCACCUCAGUUUUAACGACGAUCCACGAUCAAGCGCAACACCUCCAGAACCUGAUUCGGCAACUAACGGGUCGGAGCGAGCAGAGUGAAUAGGGCAGAGACUGAAUUUGAUUUCGAAGUGAAUGGGAUCAAAUAAUGUCAUGAGGACUUAGGUAAUACUGUCAUUCAGCCGCAAAAACAGCGCUGAGGAUUCUGUGAAUUUUAUCGGCACGAACUCUCUGAGUCUCCCUCACUCAAUCGCUCGAAUUGUCAAAGUCUCUGCCGCGGGGCGAGUCGUUUUUCGUGGACGAAGAUGGAUGUCACAUGACGCAGGGUUUCGGAGAGUCACCAAAUAAAUGCUCAUUCUUCUG